GCUGCAUUUUGUUAGAUUUUUACGGUGCAUCAUUUUCUCCUUUUGUCCGUUUUAUGACCUUUCGCUUUAUUACGUGAUAAUUAUAGACAAUUUUCUGCGUUGUCAUGUGAUAGCCAGGCGUUUUUUGGUGUCACGUCGACCGGUUUUGCCUUAAAAUGGCUCCAAACGUGAUUUAUUUACUCGCAUCGAUGCUGCUGAUCGGCACCUGCGGAGCCAAAUACGAACCCAACUGGAAGUCCAUCGACUCCAGACCGCUGCCACAGUGGUACGACCAGGCCAAGUUCGGCAUCUUCAUACACUGGGGAGUGUUUUCUGUGCCCAGCUUCGGCAGCGAGUGGUUCUGGUGGUACUGGCAGAAGCAGAAGCUACAGCCGUAUGUUGACUUCAUGCAGAGGAAUUAUCCUCCAGACUUCAGGUAUCAAGACUUUGCUCCGCAGUUCACCGCUGAGUUCUUCGAUGCCAAAGAAUGGACGGACAUCUUUGCCUCAUCGGGAGCGAAGUACAUCGUCCUGACCACAAAACACCAUGAAGGUUUCACACUUUGGGGCUCAAAAAACUCCUGGAACUGGAACGCAGUGGACGUUGGACCAAAAAGAGACCUGGUGGGUGAGGUGGCGAGUGCUCUGCGCAGUAACAGCGACCUGCGUCUCGGCCUGUACCACUCUCUCUUUGAGUGGUUCAACCCGCUGUUUGAACAGGACGCCGCCAACGUCUUCACUACAAACUACUUUCCUACCACUAAAACUCUGCCUGAGCUUUACGAGCUCGUCGUCAAGUACAAACCGGAGGUGCUUUGGUCUGAUGGGGACGGAGACGCACCUGACAGCUACUGGAACAGCACCGGUUUCUUGGCCUGGCUCUAUAAUGACAGUCCAGUACGAGACACGGUGGUGACAAAUGAUCGCUGGGGUUUGGGUUCCAUCUGCACCCACGGCGGUUACUACACCUGUGCAGAUCGCUACCAGCCGGGACACCUGCUCCAGCACAAAUGGGAAAACUGCAUGACCAUCGACACCAAGUCCUGGGGUUACAGAAGAAACGCUGCUCUCAGCGACUACCUCAGCAUCGAGCAGCUUGUGGCGACACUUGUAGAAACUGUGUCCUGUGGAGGAAACCUGCUGAUGAACGUCGGCCCGACACACGACGGGAGGAUCGCUCCGAUCUUCGAGGAGCGUCUGAGGCAGAUGGGCCGGUGGCUGAGGGUGAACGGGGAGGCGAUUUACAACACAACAGCGUGGAGGGCUCAGAACGACAGCGUCACUCCACACAUCUGGUACACUUCCAGACCUCAGGAAAAGGCCAUCUUUGCCAUUUUACUUGAGUGGCCGAAUAACGGAUCAGUGAUUCUGAAUGAACCCGUGGUUACUCCAGGACAAACUCAGGUAGAGCUUCUCGGUCACGGGUCUCUGCAGUGGGAGCCUGUAAAGCCCAGCGGACUGCAGGUUCUCCUGCCCCAGCUGUCCUUCAGCCAGAUGCCAUGCCAGUGGGCCUGGACACUGAGGCUGACAGGUGCCACUUAAAGGAACUUAAAAAGGAGCCGACAGAGCUGCAGGCCGACACAGAACCCAUCGCUUGUAGGUUGAAAUCACUGAACGUAGCUGGUGUUUGCUGUGAAAUCAGUGAAGGAAACACUGCAUUCUCUGUUUCUUUUUUAAAAAUGUUCAUGCAGGGAAUCAAGAAUAAACAUUUAUACGUGAUUAUUAAUUUUGUAUUUGGAACUUUUUAUAAUAAAGUUUUAAUCAUGUGA